AAGGUUCGAGAUGCGUAGCCUGCUGGUGAACAACGAGGACCUGCUGAGGACAAACACUCAGCUAAACAACGAGAUGAAGAGGAUGAGGGAGCAGAUGAUAGAGAUGGAGAGAGAGAACCAGGCCAUGGGCGAGAGAUGCAGAGAGAUGGAGAUUGAGGUGAAGCAGGCGCGGGACAUGAUGGUGGAGGCCAACUCUCAGGAGUACGCCUUCAACUUUCUCCAGCAGUCCCUCAAGAACAAAAUCCAGGACGCCGAGGACAACCUGGAGAAGCAGACGCAGCACGCUCAGACUCUGACUGAGAAGCUGUGGCUGGCGGAGAGACAGCUGGAGGAACUGGAGGUCCACAAAGACACCAGAGACAAGAAGACCUCCGAAUUGAGCAACACCAUCAUCAGACUGGAGACAGAGCUGAAUGAGGCCAUACAGGUGUCCACACAGUCGACAGCAGAGCUGAGCCUGCAGCUGAAGCUGCGUGAGGACAGCCAGCAGAGGGUGGACGAGCUGGAGGAGACGCUGCUGGAGAAGGAGCAGGAGCUGCAGAAACUUCAGCUCCUCGUCAACAGAUUGCAGGGAGAGGUCUCUGGUAAGCUGAUUGAUAAAGAGCAGACGCUGGAGGAGGAGAUCCAGCUGCGGGAGAGGAUACAGCUGCAGUGUAAGCAGGCCGAGAGGACGGUGGACGACCUUCGCAUGGAGCUGCACAGCACCAACCAGGCAAAGGAGGACCUGGCCAAACAAGUCAAGCAGACUCAG